AUGAGGAAUCGUUUGUUUCUAGGGUCUUCAAACCGACAUAAACAAGUCCUGGUGGCCGCGAUUCUGACUCUGAUCAUUAUCUUCAAGUCUCUACCCUCGUCAACGUCCAGGCUAAGCCCCCGCACUGAUAACUCAUACGGGGAAGACCGACCGCAUUAUCUCCACCAGUCUACCUUUCGCGCCAACCCAGACUAUGAAUAUGAGACCAAGCUCUCCAAUGCGCUACGCGCUAUCGAGAUAGAAAGGGGAAUGCGCCACGAUGAGAAUGCGGCAGACACAUUGUGGCAGAUUAUGUUGCCAGGGGUCAUCAGCCAGCGGAGCGACGAUUCAAUUCAAUUCGAGAAGAAGAACUCAGAAUGGAGAUACAAACUCGUACAAGCAGAUUGGGCCGACAAAUUCGUCUUGAAAACACUAGCAUCUAUCCCAGAAAUCGCCCGGCUCUACAAAUCAUACCCGCACUCUGUCCACCGUGGUGAUCUCCUCCGCUACUUGAUUCUCUGGUACUAUGGCGGCUACUACGCAGACCUCGACGUAUACCCUGCACGAAGCAUCAGAUCAUGUCCCUCACUACGCGACUCAAUAUUCAAAGACAACAGAAUCAAUGCAAACAUCACGCUAGUCGUCGGAAUCGAGAUCGACGAGCCUUUCGCUUCGCCACAGAAGAUGCGCGACUGGCACUGGGCCCGACGCUAUGGCUUUAUCCAGUAUACAAUGUAUGCCCCACGACGGUUCAGUCCGCUGCUGAGGGAGAUCAUCGUCAGGGUACUGUCCCAUACGAAGCAACGUCUCGACGAUAGCCAUUUCUGGGCUGGGGGAUAUAACGAAAUGGAUACGCUGGAGAUUACCGGCCCGGGCGUGUUUACAGAUGCCAUUCUCGAUGUGCUAUCGGAUACACUGCCCACCGCACAUCGGUUAAUUCAACAGUCUGUGGAUGCGGACGCGGAGUUCUUGUCCUCGCCUUCGUCUGUACAGCGUGUGACAUGGGCGCCUUUCCAUGGAAUUCAAGAACCACUCUGUGUCGAGGGUCCCGAAGCCAAGUCUGGCAAGCAUCUGGGAGGACUGUGUGUUCUACCUAUCAACGCUUGGGGUAAUGGACAGCGACAUUCUGGAUCGGAGAACUUCCAUAGCCAGCAAGCUUGUAUUAACCAUCGGUUUGGGGGGACAUGGAAGCCUUGGAAACAGAGCUGGCAGAAGUAUCUCUUUGGCUGA